AUGGAGCAAGAGAAAUAUUUACCCGAGCUGAUGGCAGAGAAAGAUAGCCUGGAUCCUUCCUUUGUUCAUGCAAUGCGCCUUUUGGCUGAAGAAAUUGAAAAGUUCCAGAGUUCUGAUGAGAAAAAGGAAGAUGAAGAGAAAAAAUACCUUGAUGUCAUCAGCAAUAAAAAUAUAAAGCUGUCUGAAAGGGUAUUGAUUCCUGUGAAACAGUAUCCAAAGUUCAAUUUUGUGGGCAAAUUGCUUGGUCCAAGAGGAAAUUCCUUGAAAAGGUUACAAGAAGAGACAGGGGCCAAAAUGUCUAUCCUGGGGAAAGGAUCUAUGAGAGACAAAGCAAAGGAAGAAGAAUUAAGGAAGAGUGGGGAAGCCAAAUAUGCACACUUGAGUGAUGAACUACAUGUAUUAAUUGAAGUGUUUGCCCCGCCCGGGGAAGCUUAUUCACGGAUGAGUCAUGCAUUGGAAGAGAUUAAAAAAUUCCUUGUUCCAGAUUAUAAUGAUGAAAUCCGUCAAGAGCAAUUGCGGGAAUUAUCAUAUUUAAAUGGUUCAGAAGAUUCAACUCGUGGACGAGGCAUACGAGGAAGAGGGAUCCGGGUUCCUCCUGUUGCUCCCUCAAGGGGGCGCGGAGGUGCAAUUCCUCCUCCACCACCAGGACGAGGAGCUCAAGCGCCAAGAGGAACCCCUUUGGCACGUGGAGUACUUCCUGUACCACCUGUAGCCAGGGGUGUUCCAACUCCUCGAGCAAGAGGAGUUCCAGCAGUACCAGGUUAUAGGCCACCCCCUCCCCCAGCACAUGAUGCCUAUGAAGAAUACCCUGCUGCCCCAUGCAGGAUUUUCUUCUCUUCUUUGUAUGGAUCACAUCAAGGAUAUGAUGAUGGUUAUGGGGGUGAAUACGAUGAACCAAGUUAUGAGGCUUAUGAUAACAGUUAUGCUACACAAACACAGAGUCUGCCUGAAUAUUAUGACUAUGGUCAUGGAACAAGCGAAGACGCUUAUGACAGCUACGCACAAGAAGAAUGGGCCAUAACUCGUCCAAGCUUAAAGGCACCACCUUCCAGGUCAAGCAGAGGGGGUUACAGGGAACACCCCUAUGGUAGAUAUUAA